AUGUCAAAAUGUGAUUAUUGUUGUAUUCGUCCAUCAUCAUUAAUAAUAUAUUGUUUAAAAUAUAAUCAAUCUAGUCAAAUAAAUAUUUCUGUUAAAUGUUCAGUAAAUUUAAAUGAUAUUCCAUUGGAUGAUAAUUGUAUAAGUGAAUUUUUAUCAAAUGAUGAAAUAAAUUUAAUUGAAAUGAUUGAAUCAUAUAUUUAUUUAUCACGUCAAACAAGUCAUAUUAUAUUUAUUUUUCAAUCAUUUAAAAAUAAUAAACAAUUACAUGGUGAAAAUCAUAUUAAUGGAAAUAAUAUUCAAUUAAAAUAUUUAAUUUAUCCACCUAUGUUAAUUGAUAGUGAACAACAAAAAUUAUUAACACAUAUGCCUUGUAGAGAUGAAUAUCAAAGAGAAUAUUUAAAUCAACCUGAAAAUCGUUUACCAAUUUUAAAUAAUGAUCAAUAA